UAUCAAUCUAUCUCUCCAUUCCUUGUGGUCUUGAACCUGCAAGCGUGUUUACUAAGUUUGUUGCAGCUAAACGUCAGAAUGCCGGAACUCACAACAAUCGCUACCGAGGAGAAGCCAGAGAGCAAGCCUGAGCAGGUGGCUGAAGAGAAGAAACCAGAAACGGUUGCUGUUGAGGAUGGUAGUGGCACAGAAUCCGAGUCCGACGAAGACUCUAUGCCAGAGCUGGAGGAACAGGAUAGCGCGCAGCUGGCUCAGUCCGCAGCGGUAAGGCCCGAAGGCCUGUUCGGGGAGGAGCUGGUAUCGAAGGCCAAGCAGAGUCGCUCCGAGAAGAAGGCCCGGAAGAUCAUGUCGAAGCUCGGCCUCAAACAGGUGACGGGAGUGAGUCGAGUCAUGAUCCGCAAGUCGAAGAACAUCCUGUUUGUCAUCAACAAACCGGACGUGUACAAGAGCCCCGCUAGCGACACCUACAUUGUGUUCGGUGAAGCUAAGAUUGAGGACCUCAGUCAGCAGGCGCAAAUGGCAGCUGCCGAGAAGUUCAAGGCACCACAAGCAGCGCCGGCAGCAGCCGCGGAAUCCCGGGUGGAAGCGCCGAUUCAGGAGGAGUCUGAUGAAGAAGAGGUGGAUGACACUGGUGUGGAACCAAAGGACAUUGAGUUGGUAAUGUCGCAAGCAAAUGUUAGUAAGGCCAAGGCGAUCAAGGCAUUGAAGAACAAUCAAAAUGACAUAGUAAAUGCAAUUAUGGAACUAACAAUGUGAUGAUGGCAUCACUGGCGGACAGAUGACGGAGGUGGAUUGGAUAUGAUUGUGUCAUAGUUGUGUCUCCCCGUUACCCGAUGACUGGCUUCGAUUGUUUCUAUAUUUUUGCUUAUUUCCGUAUUCCUUAGUAACUGAGAUUCAGAAUGCACUUUAUAAAUCCGGUAAUGUUCUUGUGUGCCAUUACAUAAUAUAUAGCUUGUUUAGUUGUUUUACCUUUGCUGAAAAUGUGAUUUAGAUGUUACCCCUUCACCAUGCUUUACCAAUCUGCACAUGUAUCUGACAGUAGAAAUAAAGGGUCGUGGUUACCAGUUAGCACAGUGGUUGGUAAUGGUAUGUAAAUUCCUGCAUUUUGGAACUUUUUUCUGUACAUGAACGAAUGAUUGAAAAAUACAAAGCAGAUGAAAUUCUCCCAA